UUUUCGUAGGUAGGUUAAUCGUGCGACUAUGGCGGCGUCUGCUAUCCCAAUUGUUGACUUCCAGAAGUACGGACUGAAUGUUACCGACCCCAAGUCCGUGACGAGUGACGUCCUGGAGACCACGGCCAGGGAGAUAUAUGAUGCCUUUAGUACAAUAGGCUUUCUGUACCUGAUUAAUCAUGGGAUUGAGCAGAGAAAGGUCGAUGCCAUGUUCUCCGUGUCGAAGUCCUUCUUUGAUCAACCUGUGGAAGAGAAAAGGAAGUGUUCCCGAGUUCCGGCAGAUCAUGGUGAAAAUGGCUGGAUUGCCGUGGAGAGCGAAACGUUGAAUCCCGAGAGAAAGGUUGGAGACCUGAAGGAAGCGUUCAACUUUACACCCGGACAUGAUGGGUUUUGGCCAGAAGAUCCUGCCCAAUUUGAGUCAACUUUUGUAUCAUUUCAUGCUGACUGCACGCGGUUGGCAGAGAGAGUCCUUGAUGUCAUGUCUAUCGGCCUCAAACUUCAGGAUCGCUAUUACCUGCGUGAGUGUCACAAUCUGAUGGACAAGAAAGGCGGCGCCACCACACUGAGAAGUCUGUACUACCCCGCUCUGUCUGGAUCCGUGAAGCCAGGUCAAGUUCGCUGUGGGGAACACUCCGAUUAUGGCACAAUAACACUACUGUUCCAAGACGACAUUGGGGGCUUAGAGGUGAUGAACACUGAUGGCGUGUAUGUUCCUGCUCAGCCCAUUCCCGGCGCCAUCUUGGUCAACAUUGGUGACCUGAUGCAGCGAUGGACUGCAGAUCAGCUUAAAGCCACAAAACACCGGGUCCUGAUUCCUGAAGAGGAAGUUAAGAAACGUCAGAGUAGACAAUCCAUGCCAUUCUUUGUCGAUCCAAAUUAUGACACCAUGAUUAAAUGUCUGGAUGGUUCAGACAAGUAUGAACCCAUCUCAUGCGAGGACUAUCUGAAUUACAGGUUCAGUCUGACCUAUUAGUUAUGGAGGAAAGCACUUGCCAACAUUGCUUGAGAAAUGAUAUCUUAAACGAUUGUCUAUGAAUUUUAAAUGGUGGUCAGCUUAUGUUAAAAGAGGAGAGCCCGAAGAGUGAGUUAGCAUAGAUUUACGACGUUUCUAGUAAUAUUGUUGUGCAGACACAGGAUUUGGUGUUUGCACAUUGUACCCAUGAAGAAAAACCAAUUGGGACCUUCUGAAUGAAUGAACGCUUUAACUACAAGACUACCCAGCCUUAAGAACUGCUUGUUUUAGAUUUCAGUUAAAUGAUAUUGGUGAAACCUGACUUUCUUUAUGACAAUCACCCGUGUCUAUGGUGCAGACACAUCGCUGAUCGUAAUCGGGGAAAAUGUGGAAUUGAGUCAUGGCACACCCAUCGUAGAGGGACUUUAGAGAGUGUCCAUCAGUCCGACCGAUGAGAGA